CAUUCACCGGAAGGGUAGAAAUGGAAAACGAAGAGAUGAUCGGCGGCGAUGAUGAAGGGGAGAAGAGAGAAACAGAAAAGAUGGAGAAAUUCUUCUCGAUUAUUCGAGAUUUCAAGAACGCUCGCGAUCGCCGGUUGAAAGAGCUGAUGAAAGAAGAUGCCGCGGCCAGCAAGAAGAUUAAGUUGUCGCCGUGUUCUUCAUCGCUAUCGCCGCCGCCUCCGCGGCGUGCAGGAGAUCGGAAAAUCGCCGGAAGUAAUUGGGUUCCUACAUUUGAGUGGGAAGAUUUCAGGCGUGAGAAGAAGAAGAGGAAAGUGGAAGAAGAUGAUGAUGGAUUGAAACUUAAACUUUCUCUUUCAUAAAAUAUCUUUUAAAAUUAU